GUCUUGCACACUUCAUCAUAACUUUUUUUGAAAUUUCGAAAUUCGAAUUGAUCUUCUUGUUCUCUCUUUAUAUAUAUAAAUAAAAGGAUGAUGACGAUGAGAGGAGGAGAGUCGUGGCCUGAGAUGGAAGACGCGAUGAUAGCUAGGAAGAUGGUUGAGGAGGUGGAAACAGAGAGCAGUGGUUCAUCAGAAGCUGAGACUGAGUCUCCUAGAUCCGUCGGACGUUGGAUCACGGCUAAAGAAAGAGUAAUUCACAACCAGGUUCUGAAGAUCAUCAAGGAAGAGGAUCUCUGCGUUCUCGUGGAAGACAAAGCAGCGGAGCGACGAGACCUACGACCAAGCCGUCUUAAUCUGUUACUGAUCACGCGGCAGAACCUGCCUUGUUCUCCUCUUAGUGGGAAAGUGGCAUCUACAGUUAACGCUGUUCAGUGAUUUGAUUCCUGGUUCUUCUAAUCGGAUCAAAAGGUGAUUUGUAUCCUCUGCGUUUUCCUUUCUACUUCUCUGUUUUUUUUUUUUUUUUUUUUAAUUUUCCUUGAACUUUUUUGUUUCUUAAAGAUACUAUAAGAGUCUUUUUUUUUUUCCUUUUUUUUUUUCUUUUUAUCAGGUCACAACUUGUCAUGUGUAUAUAAACCGUGAAUGUAUAUAUUAUCAGAUCCUUGAAACUUUAUGCUCCAUUAUCUUUUUA